AUGGGAGGUAAAAGUAGGAUUUGCAAGGUCACAGUUUAUACAGUGAUUGCAUGUUACAGAUACAUCUAUAAAUAUAAUGAGCCAUCGCCACCUUCCCUCACACAACAAGCCACCAGGGAAGACAGAGUAACCUUAUUCCAGAUGCCUCAGUAUACUCUCCUUCAUACUGUAGCGUCUGACAUGGGUAAUCCUGAUACUAUGACUUGUCUUGUUAUAUUAGCACUUGAGGCUGUUGCUGGAUUAUUUUCCAAUUUCUUUAUCAUAUUCUCACUAACUGGCUGCAAAAGGAGCAAUAUUGUCACCAGCAACAUCAUCCUGAUCACUUUGUGCAUUUCUAAUGUAUUCUACACAAUUACAGUAACUGCAAACAUUGUCAUUCGCAUCAUGUGGCUGCAUGUGCUUAGGGUAACGUAUGUUUAUAAAAUUAUCAGUUAUAUGACCGUGUAUACCAUUACAUCCAGCACAUGGCUCACGGCCAGUCUUUGCGUGUUCUACUUCAUCAAAAUUGUAGACAUUCCAUCCCGCGUGCUGGCAUGGAUGAAGAAGAAGAUCGAUGCGGUUGUCCGGGGGAUGAUACUAACAGCAGAAAUUGUUUCUCUUUGCGGAAGUUUCUUAUCACUUCUUAUUUCCAGCCAACUACUGGCCCAGCAGAACUCAUCUCUAAGUGCAGCAAAUGUCACCUUAGAGUCACCAAGUCUGAAGUUCAUGAGCAUCGUCCUAAUUCUCAACGCUUCACCUGCCCUUGUUGCAAUAACAGCCAUGGCCGGCAGUGCCGGGUACCUCAAGCUGUACGACCGUCAGAAGAAGAGGAACAUUGCGACGUUUUGUAACAACCAUGUGAGAGAUUGUCACCGAGCUGUUCACACCAUGGUGUAUCUCAUAGUUCUCUUGAUAUUACUGAUUCUUGUUAUGGUAAUUGUUGGACUGGAUGUAUUUGCUGAGAGUAGUUGGGAAUACUGGAUCUGCGUGAUGAUUCACUUUUCACUUGUCGCAGUUGAGUCCGCCAUCCUUAUCCACGGUAACCCUAAGCUACAGCAAUCCUUAAAACAAAUAUUAAGUGUCUUGCAUGUCUGA